ACAUAAGUAUGACAGGUUACUGGGAUGGCAUGUUGCCUGCCCUGAAAGUUCAUUCUCCGACAUAGAGAAGUAGAAUGGAGUAUAUGAAAGACCAUUUUGUACAAAUGAUUAUUUUUUGUUGUCUACGUUGGCUUUAAUUUUGUUUAUGGAUACCUGAAAACUUAUUUCUACCUUGAUUUUACUCCCCAGAACAUUUAACUUGCUAAAAAUAUGCUUCAAGUCGGAUGUAUGAAGUGAAGCACAGCAUGGGAAUACAUCUCAAAGGAGCAACAUGAAAAUGAUGAGUUCAUCUGAGCUUAAACUGGACUGCAGACACCACCUAUGAAAUGCAUCCUUACAAAUAUGUUUGGGCAAUGGAAACUGAUUAGUGUUACAAUCCCAGACUCAGACAUUCAGCUUUCAUUCAUCCAUGUGGAAAAUAGAUGCAAACUGCAUUUUGGUGCUCAAUGGCCAACUGUCACAUGGAAGAUGAGGGGAGGGCCAUAAGACCCCAAUGUAGAAAAUGAGUAUAAACAUGAGUAUGCCCAGAGAUUAAAAGCACAUUAUUGGACAGCGUUCUGUGAGUAUGUUAGUUGCUUAUUUAUCUCAACAAGACUGCAUGGCACCUAACAUGACUGAGAACAUAAUUGUGUAGAUUCAUCUUAAAUUCAAAAUGAAUUCAAAGCAUUUGGAAAUGGUUAUAAAUCAUAUGGGUGAAGAGUACCAUGGAAAAACUAGAAGAAAGCAAAUAUUCAUUGAGCAGAAGAAGAGGAGGGUCUGCACAGAAUGGAGAAAAACGUGUUCUCGCUUGGCAGCACAGAGCAGGAGGAGGAAAGAGAGCCAGCUGUUCAAGGAGUUAACUGCUCUGUUGCCCCUGGACUCGAGUAUGGAUGGUCAGCGAGACAAAGCUUCAGUCAUAAGACUCACAAUCGCAUACAUGCACCUGAGAGGCCUUCUCAACUCCUCUGCUCUUCCUAUGAUGACAACGUCCUCUCCUUCUUUACCAGGAGUUUCGGCUAAAUCUCAUGAGAGGGGGUUGCUUGAUUCUGCCCUCGGAGGCUUUGUGGUGUUGUUGUCUUUGAAUGGCAAGGUCAUCUUCACCACUAAGAAUGUCACUACACACACUGGAAUUAACCAGAUGGAUUUGAUUGGAAGGAGUUUGUUCGAGUUUAUGCAUCCAUGUGAUCAGGUGGAGGUGAAAGAUAUCCUCACAAGACUGAUUGGAAACCAAGGACAGCAGGAUUGUGAAGUCUUCCUCAGAAUAAAAAGUGGAGUAAACCAGAAGCUGGCCUCUUGGAAAAUUAUUCAGUGCACUGGAAAGAAAAUUUCAUCUAGUACAUCAGGAUCCAGCUGUCUGGUUCUUCAGUGCAGGGCUCUGCCAAUGCAGGAAAUUAUUGAAAUGGAUGCCACGCUGAAUAUAAGUGCAUUUCUGAGCAUCCACAGCCCAGACAUGAAGUUUACCUACUGCCACUCAAGCUAUACUCUAUUUUGUCUCAGGGUUGUGAAGUUGAUUGGCUUUAGAGACACGGAGCUGAUUGGCAAAUCUGUGUACCAGUACUAUCACCCAUCUGACUGCCAGCAAAUCCGCAAAGCACACAUCUGCUUGCUCUCCAAAGGGCAAGUGUCGACUGGGAAAUAUCGACUACUGCACAGAGAAGGUGGCUAUGUAUGGGCAGAGACAGACGCCUCAGUGGUGUGCAACAGUCGCACUGGCACACCGGAGAGUGUCGUCUGCAUCAAUUACAUCCUUAGCGGAAUAGAGCAGCCUGAUGUGGCAUUUUUAUUGAAGCAGACAGAACAACUGCUGAAACCAUUUGACUCCCUUUGCUCAGAACACCAGACUGACACUCUGUCUGCAGCCCUGCAAGAUGGACGCAGUCCUAGAACCGGAACAACAGCAAUCCAACACAAUAUUUCGAUAGCAUCUCAAAACCAAAGAGAGGGUAACAGACGGGAAGUUCAUGAAUGCUCAGAGAUGACACAUAAAACUGAGGGGUGCUGUGAUUUUACAUGUGAUCUGUGUGAGCUAGACUUGGACAGUUUGGCUCCAUAUAUUCCCAUGCACGGAGAAGACUUCCUGCUUACUCCCAUUUAUGAUGGGACAAUGGAUAGCCCUGACCUGAAUGUUUAUGGUCUAUCACUAGACAGUCCACAAUCUAAACUCAGCCCUCAAUUGCAAAAUCUUGAGGGAACAGUCUUUGUACCUGUGAAGAGCCUUACACACACCCAACAAAUCAUCAGUCACUAUUUUCAAACAAACAGGUUCAGCGAUACAUCUAAGCUGAUAUUAACAAAGCAGUGGAAUGACAGCCUAGAAAUUGUGAACAGAAUUUCAAAGAUUCAGUAUAAUUCCCAACCCCUCUCAACUGAAAGUGAGACUCAUCAUUGGAGGAAAAACAUGCUGAAAGUCUCGCAACAUCCCAAUAGAACACACUGUAACUAUGAUGGAUCGACAACAAUACCCUGUGGCAGAGUCCAGAAUCCACUGGGAUCAAAGUUCAAAUCACUUCAGGUCUCAGAGAAUCCCAUGUAUCAUGGAGUGGCUUCUCCUCAGAACAGAAGACAUCACACUGAUGGGAAAAUACACCCAACACCUUUGACUCUGCCUGUGCUGAGCAGGUGGGAGUGUGAGGUCAACGCUCCUCUUGACCCCACAUCUUAUUUGCUCCAAGGGAAUGAACUUACAGCUGUUCUGGACCAAGUGGCUUCAAGAGUGCCUUUGUGGUGACAUGAAACAAAAUCCAUAGAUAUACAAUGGACAUUUUGAUACAGUUAUCACUUUUAUAAUACAUAUGUUUGUCACUCAGAUAGCAUUAUAAUAGCAACACGUAAUACUUUCAUAUCAUACAAUAAAACAUCAGCUCAGUUUGCACUGCAAAAACUUGAGUUUUCAUCUAAUAUUGGGCUUUGUACUGUAAAUCAAUCCUUUCACUGCAUCAUACCGAUAUUACAAUGUUAGUACAUGUAAAUAUGGCUUGGCAUUCUUAACCAUCUGUUGUAUUCAAACAUAUUUUAAAUACCUUUUUAAAUGAAUGAAUGAUGAAUAUGUCAGAAAGUGAUGGCUGCAGGAAAGGGUAUUUAUUCGAGAGAUCAUUCUAUGUUAUAGAUUCUAUAAGCUUUUUCUGUGUUAUAGAUGCAUGAAGUUCUGCUAACUCAUUUUAACCAUCAGUUUGAGUUUGGCUGUCUGAUUUGUUCUCUUGACGUAUCAUUUACCCAACUUAUUAGAAGAAAGAACCUCUCUGAUUUACUUGUUUCUGCAUUUUUAUCAUUCAGCAGAUGCCAUUCUUUUUGUCAUGUGCCAUCAAUGAUAACAACUCAUGGACAUCCAUUCUGGACUCCAAAAAAACAAUUACACCUGUGUUGUCGCAACAGCUUUAAUUUCUACAGAUAAUUGUCUGAAUCAAGAAAUUGGGAAUAUAAAUUCACACACAAAAGACAAUGUCUGUAUAUACAUCACUAUUUGCAAAUUAAUUGUAUUAAUGUAAGAGACAGCUAAAAAGUUUGCAGUAGAGUAAUUUUGUGUAAGAUUAUCUGUGAAAGCUUUAGGUCCCAGAGUCCAGAUUUAUUUUGUAAUUGUAUUUCUGUGAAGAAAAAAAAAAAAAAAGACAAACCAAUUAAAGGAGAUAAAUGUGUAGAAAUCU